UAAAGCCAUAUGGUUGAGUAUUCCAAUACAUUUUCAUUUUUAGUUCCCUCAGAAUGCAAUCAGCAAAAGAUUCUGAAUGACUCCGAUCGACACAGCGAUUUUGGUCGUGGUGACAGAAAAUGUGACAACCAUUUGACAGAAGACUGGUACAGAUUCUCAGCGGGGGCUGGAACGAGUAUACCUACUCACUGUCUACCGCACCAUAGAUGUGGAACGGACUUGCCGGGGUGGAUGGACGGAGCACAUCCAACAGUUGAUGAAGGAGUCGUUUCUAGAAAAAUGCAUGAAUGUUUCGAAGGACCUUUAAUGUCCAAGUAUCUCAGAACGUCAUCAAUACAAGGUUUUGAGCGACUCCACAUGCUUGAGUAUUCCAAUACAUUUUCAUUUUUAGUUCCCUCAGAAUGCAAUCAGCACAAGAUUCUGAAUGACUCCGAUCGACAUAGCGAUUUUGGUCGCGGUGACAGAAAAUGUGACAACCAUUUGACAGAAGACUGGUACAGAUUCUCAGCGGGGGCUGGAACGAGUAUACCUACUCACUGUCUACCGCACCAUAGAUGUGGAACGGACUUGCCGGGGUGGAUGGACGGAGCACACCCAACAGUUGAUGAAGGAGUCGUUUCCAGAAAAGUUUGUUUUCAUGGCUUUUAUAACUGUUGUUACCGCCACAUUAUGAUCAACGUACGGAAUUGUAGCUCUUUUUUUGUAUACAGACUGAAACCGGUCCAAUUUUGUGCCAGCCGGUACUGUGGAAAAAGUUAGAGGCUGAA